GUUCACACCGAGCGGAGCCCGCCCGGAGCACAACCGCCGCGGGCCACAGCUCCCACAAAGCAAAUAACCCGGCACGCUACCCUCACCGCCGUACCGUUCCACGCGGCAUCCCCAACCAACCCUAUCGCCCGGCGGCCGGGACGACCGCGGAUGGACCGCCUCGUCGCCUUCUCCCGCCGCCGCCGCCGCUGGAUCCUCCUCGCCGCGGCCGGCGCGGCGGCGGCCGUCGGCGCGUACAAGAUCUAUCACCAUCCGGCCGUCGCGGAGCGUCGCCGCCGCCUCGUGCGCCUCGCCGCCGCCAUCGCGGCCUUCGCUGACGCCGCCGCGUCGUCCGCCGACGCCGCGGCCCUGGUGGCCUCCGAUCUCGCCGACUUCGUCCGGUCCGACGCGGACGAGGUCCCCCGCAGCGUCAAGCAGCUGGCCAAGCUCGCCGCGUCCCCUGAGGUUUCCGCCACCGUCUCCACCCUAUCCGAGGCGGUAACCUCCGGGAUGCUUCGCGGCGCGGGAUCCGGGCCCGGAUCCGGCGGUACCGUGGCCCUCUCCGAUCGUCUCGUAGACAAGCUGUUCUCCGACUCAGGCGAGCGCCUCGCGUCCGCGGUUGCCGGGAGCUUCGCUCGCCAUCUCGUGCUCGCCUUUUACUCCGCUCCUUCACCUCAGGGAGAGGCGUCGUCCUCCUCCCCGACGAUGUGGGUCAACGUGGUCGCGACUGGAAAGUGCCGGAAGGCGAUAAGCAACUGGGUUGAGGUAUUCGUGGGCACUGCUGUGAGGGAGUUCAUUGACAAGACCAUCCACAUCAACACCUACGAGCAGAUCUUCGAAGGGCUCACCAAUCCGAGACAUGAUGCCAAGGUCAAGGAAUUGCUUGUUUCAGUGUGCAAUGGUGCGGUUGAGACUUUGGUGAAGACCACUCACCAUGCCCUGUACAAUACUAAUGGCAAAUUGGAUGCAAAUGGUAGUGGUAGUGGCAAUGGCAAUGGAGUUGGAGAAGGGUGGGUGGAGACGGUGUCGAGCACAUUGGCAGUUCCUAGCAACAGGAAGUUUGUGCUUGAUGUUACAGGGAGGGUCACAUUUGAGACAGUGAGAUCAUUUCUGGAGUUUGUUCUUUGGAAGCUGCAGGAUGGGGCAAGGAAGGGCAGUGACUCCGUUGUUGACAGUGGUCUGCACGUCGUGAGGUAUAUGAGCGAUAAGUCCAUGGUUAUCGCCACGAUCUGCAUUACAUUGUGCUUGCAUGUGUUGAAUGGGACUAGGCUCUUGGUAACAGCUUGAGAGUGCUGUUUGGAUUUCCUAAUUUAGCACAUUGUUUGUAUAAUAUUGUAGGAAUCAUAUUGAAACUGUAAAUCCAAUAAGAGUGGAAAGAAGAUAAAUUGUGCUGCAAGAUUCUGUUGUGCUUGUAUGCUUGAGAGAUUGGUCUGCACGGCUUUAGUGAGAGUUGUUGAUCUGUAGUACUUACCUAUUGGCAACCAUAUUUGUGGGAUUAAUUGGCAUUUAAAUGCCUGCUGUCAUUGAAGAUUUAUUAUCAGUAUAUAGCAUUACUGAUAUUGUGGGGGUCGAGUUGAUCCACUAAAUUGUGUGCUUUUGUAUCUUGUGUCAACGAUGAUGUAAAGCAGAGCUUGCCUUCUCACGCGAUCAUUGAAUUAUGUCUGAUCUCAACUUUGUUUUCUAUGAUUUGAGUUAUUUGCUCGCUAUAGGAUCUGUUUAUUGUGUUGAUCAAUGAAAUGAUAUCUUAUUA